AUGGAAAACAUUCAAAAGGAACUUAUAUCCUUGAGGCCAUAUAUUGAAGAAGCUUUGCAGGAAGGGCUGGAGCUUUUUGAACCACAAGAUCUUGACGAUCGUGUUACAAAAAUGAUAUACAAGCUGGAGUAUGUCGCCGACUCCAUCAAGCCGGCACGAAAUUGCAGUAACAAAGACAGAGGCCAUCAGGUCCCUGCGAAAUCAAGCGGCAUAGCAAGAGCAUCUAAAGCGAAAAUUGAGAAGUUGGUGUUCCGCCUUCUUGAUCAGGAGAAAGUUAUUGCUAAAAGGCUGACAACGGGAACCUCCCAAAGAAAUCUGGUCGCUAUUGUUGGAACGUUUGGGUUGGGGAAAACAACACUUGCCAACAUUGUAUAUGAUGAUCCAAGAAUAUCGCGUCACUUCAAGUGCCGCGCAUGGUAUUAUGUUUCCCAAACAUAUGAGAAAAGGGAUUUGUUGCUACAAGUUUUGGGAGACAUACAAAGGCGUGGCGAGAAAAUUCAUGAUAUGGAUGAAGCUGAUUUGGAAUUAAGAUUGCAAAGAUGCUUAAGCAGAAAGAGGUACCUUGUAGUUUUGGACAAUCUUUGGGAUGUUAGAGCUUGGGAAGCCAUACAAACAUCAUUCCCUGAUGAUGGAAAUGGAAGCAGAAUUAUGAUAACCAACUGCUCAUAUGAUGUUGUCCUGAGGAGUUGGAACAAGUUGGAAAAGAAAUCGCUGAACGAUGUGAAGAAUUACUUCUGGCUGCCAUUUCAGUUGCUGAAAACUGAUGAGAAAAGCUUCGAGGAAGAAGAAGAAGAUGCCCUGAUGGAGGUAAUUGAUCGCGGACUCUUGAUAAUUGCCAAAAGAAAAUCCACUGGAGGGUUAAAAUCAUGUCGAAUGCAUGUGCUGUUGGAUCCAUUAUGUCUCUCAAAAUCAGAAGCUGAGAACUUCUCGCAAAGGAUUACAUUGUAUGAUGAACCAUAUCAUGGAAUUGAUUUAGAUCGCGAAGAUCCUUCAAGUCUCGCAAAAUAUGAGAAGUAUCGCGUUUGUGUUCAUUUGAAGCGUAAGGAUUAUGUUGAUUCAAGACCUUUAGGCCCUUUUGCACGUUAUCUCAUAUACAUUGCCUCUGAUGAUGCUCAUCCAAAAGAUGCAUAUAACCUCUCAUUCAUAUUUGAAGACUUCAAACUUCUCAGGGUCAUCAAUAAAUGCUCUCCGAAACUAGAAACUUUGAUUGUGAAGGGAUUAAGUCGUAUACUUCUGCCAGAUAACUUUUGGCUCCUGAAAAGUUUAAGGCAUGCAUAUAUUAAGGGCGAAGCUACUGUGGACAUAAAUGGUUACAGGUUUGGUACUUCAAAUUUGCUGGAUAAGUUGCUGAAAUUUUCUUCACCAUCUCUUCUGUAUGGCAAAAAUGCAGAGGGAAUACUAAGAAAGUUUCCAAAUAUCCAGAAGUUGAAUUGCACAUUUCAUGACUCGCUACAUUAUACGGAGACUAACGCAAUCCAGCUGCAGCAGAAUUUUCUCUACCAUGGCCUGACUUGGGACAUGAAGAAAGAGAAGUUUCGUAAACUGAAGUUCUUGAAGUUGGAUUCCUUGAAUAUCAUUCAAUGGAAUGCUUUUUUAUAUCAUCUUCCCAAACUGGAGCAACUGGUGUUAUGGAAUUACAAGGACCUUGAAGAUGUUCCAUAUGGAUUUUCGGCGAUUCCUACAUUGCAGAUCAUCGAAGUGAAAUGGUGUUCAGAAUCUCUUGAAGAGUCCAUCAAAUAUUUAGAGGAAUCAAUUGAAGGUCUUCAAGUGCUCAUCAGUCAUUGA